AUGAAUAAUUUAUGGCUGUUGACACUACUCAUUCGGGCCUCGUCUAAAUGUCUUCAUGUUGAUAUGUCCUUCUGUAAUCUAUUCCCGGCUAGCCUUGACUAUGACGUCCUCCCAACACCUCAUCUGUCUUCCCUUAAGGGACCGUCAUCAAAUGGAUGUGGUGAGCUUGGUGAUUGCAUUACGAGUCCUGAUAGCUGUGAUAAGAAGUGUGGUUGUGACACUUAUUCACUAGUUCUUGUUUUUAAUGAAACUACGCAGGAAUGUGAAUUAAACAUUCAACAGUUUUUGCAUACAUUACAAGAAAAAGAUGAUAUACACGAGAAAAUAAUAGCUGAAGCGGAUAAUGUAUUCAAAAGAAUUAUAUUAUCUGUAAUAAUUGUAGCAGCGUGCUCCGUACUGUGUGUCUUUUCAGCUUGUUUUUAUUGCUGCCGGAUAAAUUAUUUGGACAACCGUCUCAAAAAGGACGUUGAUGCAAUGGCCGCUAAGCUGAAAAGGGAGAAACGGUAUAAAAAAAUAAAAUCCGAACCAAUUCCUGAAAAGGCAGAAAGUUGCAACAUUAUUGUGGGCAAUGCUGGAGUUUAUUGUGUUUAA